AUGCGCCCGACCGUCCUCGCGGCCAAUCAGAUCGCAGCGCCGGGAGCCCAGCCAGCCUCACGCCUCACCUGGCAGCCAGUCACUGGUUGCAGCGGGCGCGCGUGUGGAGGCGUCGGCGGCGUCGGCGGCGCCUGGGCUGAAGAGACGUCGUCGCUUCGGGCUUCGCCGGUGGACCGCCUCAGGCCUGGUGCGCCGCCGGCAGCUCUGCGAUCGCCGCGGACAGGGACCGAAAUAGUCAUGUCUUUUGACAAAGAGCAACCUUGGUUUAAUAGUAUUCCCAUCCUAGACUCCCAGAGUCCUGAGGGUGGUGAGGAGACAGCCAUGCAGGUGGCAGUUUAUAUAAAGGAAGCGCUGAGACUUGUGGCCAUACCCUUCAGGAAUAAAAAAUUAGAAAUGGAGCCACCAUGUAUGUUAUGUGAGGAAGAACAGGAGCCAGAACCACAGAAGAGCAUAGAAGAAACCAAACAAGUAGAGGAAGAAGAUGCUGAGCUGAUCUUUGUUGGGGUAGAACAUGCAAAUGAAGAUGCUGAGCUAAUCUUUGUUGGGGUUACUUCACAUUCAAAACCAGUCGUUUCAAACAUUUUGAACAGAGUCACCCCAGGUUCAUAUUUAAGGAGAAAAAAGUAUGGUCACUUCAGAAAAGAUAGAACUCACAAAUUGCAGCCUGUAAGUCAUGGGACCCCAACAUCAGAAGCAGUGGCUGUCCUCCCCGUUUCUGAAUCUGAAUCAAGAUCGACAGAUAGUCCUAUUAUUAUUGAGCCUUUGUCUAAACCUGAUUAUAAAAAUAAUUCACCACAAGUUGUGCCUAAUAGCUCUUCAGAGUUAUGUUCUCCUUUGAGAACAUUCUCAAGUUCAUUACAGCAUCCGGUAGGAGCAGCACUUUCUGUAGGAGGUAUGAAUAAAACUCCUUGCACAUCAGAGCAACUUUCCACUUCUGAGAUAAACAGUGUAAAUCCCAAAAGGCUUAAACUCAGUGAUGGAAUCAUUGUGGGCUGUUCUUCAACUUUGUCCCCUUCAGGUAUCUUUCAUACAAUGACUACUCAGCAAAGCACACCCUCAAAUGGUGUUCAUACCUCAUUAAACCCUUUUCAGAAUGGAGCACCUUUUCCAACAGCUUUUCCAAAGGACAGUGUGACAAAAAUAGACUUUUCAAGUCUCGCAAGUCAAAAUAAGACUGUUGAUCCUAAGAAAGGAAAUCUGAUCGUGUUACUUCAUGACUUCUACUACGGACAGCAUAAAGGAAAUGGGCUGCUAGAACAGAAGACUCACACAGCCUUUAAAUGCUUCAGCUGCUUGAAAGUUCUAAAGAAUGUCAAAUUUAUGAACCACGUGAAGCACCAUUUGGAACUUGAGAAACAGAGGGGAGACAACUGGGAAAUCCACACCACCUGCCAGCACUGCCACCGGCAUUUUCCCACUCCCUUCCAACUGCAGUGUCACAUCGAAAGUGUACACACCGCCCAGGAGCCCUCUGCUGUUUGUAAAAUUUGUGAAUUGUCAUUUGAAACAGAUCAGGUUCUUUUACAGCACAUGAAGGACAAUCACAAGCCUGGGGAAAUGCCCUACGUGUGCCAGGUUUGCAAUUACAGAUCGUCGGCCUUUGCUGAUGUGGAAACACAUUUCAGAACGUGCCAUGAAAACACUAAGAACUUGCUUUGUCCAUUUUGUCUCAAAAAUUUUAAAACUGCAACACCUUACAUGUGUCAUUAUAGAGGACACUGGGAAAAAAGUGUUCACCAGUGUUCCAAAUGCCGGCUACAGUUUUUAACUUUCAAGGAGAAAAUGGAGCACAAGACCCAUUGUCAUCAAAUGUUUAAGAAGCCUAAGCAACUAGAAGGAUUGCCUCCUGAAACAAAAGUUGUUAUUCAGGUAUCACCGGGACCUCUUCAACCAGGGUCAGUGGAAGUAGCAUCCAUUACUGUGAGCACGUCUGAUUCUGAACCAUCACCCCCCCGGCCUAAAAGUAGAAUUUCAAAAAAAACUCAUUAA